AUAUUUUAUUAUGUUUAUAUUUUAUAUACGUACACAAUAGACCGGCAAUACCCUCCGAAGACCCUGCGGUCAUCAUUUCAGUAUCAUCUCCUGUUCGAUUCGGUCGUGUAUUUGUACUGCAGCAACAUUGCGCGCGUCUGUACAAGACAGUACGUACAUUUCAUAUUAUUACAAUUAUUCCGUAUCGCGAUUUUUCUGUUUAAAAAUAUAAUAUUAUAAUAACAUUGUACGCGUGCAGGACUAGUUAAACGUCUGCACUCUUURCAUUAUAAUAUACAGCUAGUUGGUGCGCUGAACGGCAAUGUGCGCGUCAAUCAACAUCCGUUCACAAUAAUAUUAUGUUUUAACUCGGUUAUCAUAAUACACAUAUUAUUGUCGAAUCGAUUCGUUCGCAUCCACGCACAUGGUGUUUCUGAAACGACAUCAUCAGGCCAAAUAACAUAAUCCUCAGCUAUAUCAGGUACAAUGAUUAUUUUACUAAUAUUGUUGGCUACGCUAAACACCGGCUGGGCAGCCAUCGCAGGAUAUGAAGAAUUGGAAAAACAUUUAAUUACAAAACUAGGCUUAACCCGAAGACCUGUGGUAGAUAAAAAUAUGAAAAUACCAUCUGCCACAAUGGAGCUGUAUAAAUCAAUGUUAGAAGAAAACAAUGUAAUUACAACUCAUUUUCCUCUUCCUGGCUUGCACACAUCGUCUGCUAAUACUGCUAGGACCUUUUUCAACAAAGGAUCAGCCCCAAUGAAUGCUAAAUCUAAAAAAUAUAGGCUACAAUUCGAUAUAGAUUCUAUUCCUGAACGGGACCAGGUUAAAGCUGCUGAAGUUCGCUUUACAAUGAUAAACAAUACAACACUACGAAAUGAAGAAUUUAUACAUGUGAUUAUACAUGAUAUAGUCCAACCUGGCGUGAAGGGUAUAUCAAAACCUAUUCUCAGAAUUAUCGAUUCAAAAUCAAUUAAUAUGUCAAAAGUUUCAAAAUCAGAAGUUAUCAGUUUUGACGUUACACCAGCUAUAGAAAGACUGUCGACAAACAAUUUCAAAGAAAACCAUGGUAUGCUAGUACAAUGCGUCACAGAGUCUGGUAGUCACACACAUUUACUCAGCGUGUUUGAUUUUUUAUCACCUGAAAAGACAUUGCUACUGGUCUACACCGAUGACGGAACAAGUGAAAAGAGUACGUUAGAAGGGAUGAUGCGUCGGAGCAAACGGUCGGCCAACGAGUCGGGAGCGCCGCAGAAGAAAGCGAAAAAGAAGAAGAUCUGCCAGCGGUAUUCGAUGUACGUGGACUUCAAGGAUGUCGGGUUCAGCGAUUGGAUUCAGGCGCCGCCAGGUUACGACGCGUUCUACUGCCACGGGGAGUGCACGUUCCCGUUGGCCAAUCAUAUUAACGCGUCCAACCACGCGGUCAUGCAGACGCUGAUGAACUCGUACAACCCGGCGUCAGUUCCCCGGGCGUGCUGCGUACCGACCAAGCUCAGUUCGCAGACGCUUCUCUACGUGGACGAUGACGGGAAGCUGGUGGUGAAGAACUACCCGGAAAUGACCGUGGAUGAAUGCGGAUGUAGAUGAGGGCGGUGGCUGCRCGGCAGUUGUUAUACGUCAUUUCGAUUCGACGUCAUACARCACUUGCAUUACCCAGAUCUAUUGUAACGCCUGAGWGUGUACAUCUGUACUUAUACAAAUAUUUACCUUGGAAAUAGUCGAACUACAUAUUAUGUUAUAUACAUAACAUACCUAUAAAUAUUUGCAGUGUAUGCAUGCGUUUAGUGCUAAUGUAUGAAAUAAAACCUAUUUUGUCUAGUUAUAGUUCGGUCGACAUUCAUAUAAAUAAAUAUGUAUAUUACAGCAGUAUAAACUCGCACAUAUAAAAUAUUUUUAUACCAAUAA